AAAGCCUGAAGCUAAUAAACAUUCAGACUUCGUGGGCUAUUAAUAUUUCUGGGGUCCUCUUCAGAGUAAGUUCAGAGCGAGCAACAAGAAGGAAGGCGAUCAGCUCGUUCUUCUUCUCCCUCUCCUCCAGCGACGGCCAUGGCGAGAUUAGGUCUUGCCGUGUGCGCCGUCUCCUUCCACCUCUGCCUUCUUCUGUCGUCGACCUCCUCGCUCCGGCUAAACCCCACGACGGAGGACACAGCCAACCAUGGCAGAAGAACUGCUUAUCACUUCCAGCCUGCAAAGAACUGGCAGAAUGAUCCGAAUGAGCUGGAUAUGGAAGGUUCUGCGCCUACUUGUACUCCGUGCUAUGCAUCAAUGGAAUACACGUUGAGUCUAUCAAUCCACCAUGGCGCCCAGCAGCCCGGGCCUUCUUUCUUCCUCCUCAGUGGCUCUCGGCUGAGGCGCGGCGGCGCCGAACCUUCUCUCUCCUCCCCUCCAAAAAAUCGAAAAAAUCUCCACUAAAUCAUCACAAUUUGGAGGGGAAAUUGUUGGAGGACAUAGUGGCAAGAUGGAUAGAUUAGUACGAUUGCACUAUGGUGGUUCGGUGGUAGAGCAAAGUAACAGUGGUAGCAAUUUCGAGGGGAUGAGUGUUAAGCAACUUAUAUUUGGUGGAAAACCUAGUUUUGAGGAGUUAGUUUGUCAUACAAAGGAUGUGCUGGGGUGGAGCAAUCAGUCUAUAGCUAUACAAGGUAGAUAUGAUGUUGGAGCAGGACCCAUUUCACACAAGUACAUGCUAGAUUUGAAUGGGGAGUUGGAGUGGAACACAUAUGUGGAUAUAGUGUUGGGCUCCCAAUUCAAGUCGCUUGAGGUGGUUGCUUCGAAGCUUGAUCGUACUGACUGCAGAGAUAAUUCUUUUGACCUCAAUCGCACACUGUUUUAUGAUGAACCAAACUAUGAAGCAUUUGAUGAUGAAGGAGCUAUGAAAAGUCAGUCGGUUAAGUCUUUGACAGUUGAGGAAGUCAUAGAAUCUCAAGGGAUGGGGGUGGAUGUUAACAUGCAAAAGAAGGAAGCAGUUGAUGCGAAUGAGGGAAGGAGUCAGGAAUCUGAAAGGGUGGAGAUAAAUGUGGAGUUGCAGAAGGAGGAAGCAGUUGAGGCUAAUAAGGCAAGCAGGCUUGAAUCAGAAGGCGUGGAGGUAAAUGUGGAAUUGCAGAAGGAGGAAGCAAUAGAGGUGAAUGAGGCAAGGAGUCAGGCAGUUCCGAUAGUUGGAAAUCAUGUUGAUGAUGAUAAUGAAUUGGCAGAUGGAUCAAUGGGGGCAGGUGGAGAAGAGCGUACAACGGAUGCUCAAUUAGCAUCCAUGGUGCGGUUCUAUUUUCAAGACAAAAUAUAUACUCGGAGGGAGUGUGAGGAGACUUUGUUGAUGAAUGGAUUGAGUGUUGAUUUGCUGCACAAACAUUCAGAGGAGUAUGAUGACACACAUGAGGAGGAGGGAUAUGAGGUUGAGUAUGCCGUAGACUUAGAUGACGAUCGUCCAGUAGCCAAGAUGUCUUAGGAAGAAAGGGAGGUGUUUGAGAAAUUAGUUGGACGCAAUCCAGAGGUUGUUCAGUUCGAGGAUGUUAGCAAUUCUAAGCUAGCAGUUGUUGAUGGAGGAGUAACAUACAAUGGCAUCAUCGAUGCAAUGGGUGAGGAGCCAAAGAAGGAUGAGCACAUAGGGAUCGACAUCAACGCCAUGUGCUACAUACCGGAGGAUAUGAAGUUUCUCAGGUGCCCCUUGAUUUGCUUCUACGCCGUUGAGUGGCAGCUCAUCCAUCGCGUGCUAAGGCAGUUCGGCUUGCGUCAACCCAUACCAAAACCAUUCCCGACGGGGCUCGACCUCCACAAGUUGGACAACAAGAAGAACAAGAAGAUUACGGACUGGCAUGCUCAUCAUCUCCAUCUUAUUGAGCGGUGGGACAACACAGCAGCUAACGUAGUGCCUCACGGAGUGGAGCACAACAAGACAUACUUCGACGAGUACCUAGCUUGGCUCCUAAGGAACUACCGCCUUUUCCUUUGGCCGGCAUGGACUCUAGCUGACAUAGCUACAGAUCCCGAGGAUGUUGAGGAGAUGAACGAGUAUGACACCCACACUUGAGCAGGGGCGACGGUCGAGUAUGGGCCUGUACGUGACCGAGUGGCACGUGAGCUGAUGAGGUCCGUGAACGACGCGGGUGUUGCCCUUGGCACACCUGCUGGGUCAGAGAAUGAAGUUGGGAUACUUCGGAGCGCACUUCAGAGGCUAAAACAACGAAGUUGGAUGUUAGCGGCAAGACUUGGUUGUAGGUCCACAGACGCAGUCGACCCACAACCAAGACUAACACGGACACAGGCCGGAGAAACAAGUCAACAAAGAGCUAAAGAGGAAGGGGAGGAAGAACAUGAUGAAGGGGAGGAAGAACAUGAGGAAGGGGAAGAAGGAGAUGGACAGAGUGACGAAGAGGAAGAGGAACAACCCGAAGAAAUCGGGUCAUCUCAGCUUGCAGGUGCCCCGCAGCCAUCGCAACCUUCCCAGGGUCGCCCGCAGAGAAAGAGGGUACCGGUGGACCGGUACACACCUUCCACUAGUGGCCGGAGGGGUCGGCACUAGUGGAUUACUUUGUACUUAACACUCUAGGCAGCGUUAGACUUAUAUCAAACUCUAGAUGAUGGUUGAUGGAUGUGUUGAACUCUAUAUUUUCUGAUGGUUGAUGGAUGUGAUGAACUCUAAAUACUGUGAUGGUUGAUGGAUGUUCAGUUGCUGUGAUGUGUUAAAUACUAUGUGGCUGUCAAUUUUGUGAUGCUAAA